GCAGAUCCAUUUGGUCAGAAUCUCAGGGUCUACUACUAGCUAUAUGUAACUGUACGCAAUCAGUUAUUUUGGUAUCUCGACCGGCUGCCAAGGAUCUUGCCUUGUAAACGUAUAAAUGCUGACAAUGCCUGCCAUUCGAUCUCUCGCAGCCCCCUUGGAUCGCACAUUGAUACCACUACUCCAAUGUCUUCAAGCACUCUCACGCCAGCUGAAGUCGCCGUCGCUCUGGUCGAGCAGGCUGUAGCCAAGCACAACACGCGAUUGGACAAGACCUUCUUCAAGGCGGUUCUUGCUGGUGUUAUGCUGUCCUUCGGUGGCCUGUUGGAUCUCAUCAUCAGUGGUGGCUCUGCAGGCCUGACAGCUUCGAACCCCGGAAUUGUCAAGGUCCUUGGUGGUUUUGUAUUUCCUGUCGGUCUCGUUAUGAUCGCGCUCCAGGGUCUUGACCUGCUCACGAGCAAUCUUAUGAUUUUCCCCAUGGCUGCAUUGAAAAGAGCAAUUCCCUGGUGGGGCGUUCCCCUCAACUGGAUUGUUGUAUUUUUCGGAAAUCUUGUUGGCAGUCUAUUCUUUGCAGCCAUCCUUUCCAAAUACGACGGACUGAUGGUAGAUGAUCCUUACGCAUCAUACGUAAGGGCAUUCGCCAUUACGAAAGCUAUCACACCUGGCUGGUAUCAGAUCUUCCUUCGUGGCAUUGGUUGCAACUGGCUUGUAUGCAUAGCCGUCUGGCAAGGAGUUGGGGCCAAAGAAACUUUUUCGAAAAUUAUUGCUAUCUGGUUCCCCGUCUGGGUCUUCGUCGCUUGCGGGUUCGACCAUGUUAUCGCAAAUAUGUUUUCACUCUCAUUGAGCAUGAUGCUUCACUCUGAGCUUACUGUCGACCUGUACAUAAGAAAGUCGCUAAUUGCGGCUUUGAUUGGUAACAUUAUUGGAGGUCUCUUUGUGGGCCUGCCGGCCGUGUAUUUCUACCUGGAUGACUGGCAUGCCGGUGGCCUACGUGAUGCCGAGGAGGCCUGUAUAGAGCGCAAAACCUCGGAUACUGACUCAGGAAAGAGCUCAUAGGAGUCUCAAUCCUGGGACGCUCAUCAUUUCUCAUGAAAUGGACGAUUAUUUAUACGCAUGUCAGGCAACAUGGUUGACGGAGAAUCCUGGAGAUGCGAUCUAUACGAUUGGGAUGACACGCACUGGAUUCAUCCUUAGGGGAUCCUCUACGAGUGGGUAUACGAUGGGAGAGGUUGGUACUUAUGUGUCAUGAAACAUCACACUGUACAGUUGUAGGGAGAAGAGAUCGAUCGUAACAUAAUGUACUGGACGAGUAUCGCAAGUACUAAGCUUGCGGUAUAUCGCAAUUUUCGGAUAUUUUGUGUACUUUACAGGAAUUAUUAUCACAUGUUGCUUGCGCCA